UUCCAAGGAGGAAGUUGGCCGGAUAUGGAAGAUGGAGCUGCUCAAAGAAUCAGAUGGGCUGGGAAUUCAGGUUAGUGGAGGCCGAGGAUCAAAGCGCUCACCUCACGCUAUCGUUGUCACCCAAGUGAAGGAAGGAGGUGCCGCUCACAGGGAUGGCAGACUGUCCUUAGGAGAUGAGCUGCUGGUAAUCAAUGGUCACUUACUGGUCGGGCUCUCCCAUGAGGAAGCUGUAGCCAUUCUCCGCUCAGCCACUGGAAUGGUUCAGCUGGUGGUGGCCAGCAAGGAGAACUCUGCAGAGGACCUCCUCAGGUUAACAUCUAAGAGCUUGCCAGAUCUGACCAGCUCUGUAGAGGAUGUGUCGUCUUGGACCGACAACGAAGACCAGGAGCCAGAAGGGGAAGAGGAGGAAGGAAGCGGAUCUUCUGUCCGGGGAGCAAUGCCCGGGACAGAUGAGCCCCAAGAUUUGUGCGGCCCUGAGGAAUCCAAGGGGAACUCGGAAAGUCCCAAACAAGGUGGCAAUAAAAUGAAACUCAAGAGUCGUCUUUCAGGGGGUGUCCACCGCCUAGAGUCUGUUGAAGAAUAUAACGAGCUGAUGGUGCGUCAUGGGGACCCCGGGCCAGGAUGCUGGAGGUCUCCCGAGAUGGCAGAAAGCACUCCCUUCCCCAGCUGCUGGACUCUUCUGGGACAUCGCAGGAAUACCACAUUGUGAAGAAAUCCACCCGUUCCCUGAGCACUACUCACGUGGAAUCUCCCUGGAGACUCAUCCGGCCAUCUGUUAUCUCCAUCAUUGGGCUAUACAAAGAAAAAGGCAAGGGCCUUGGCUUUAGCAUUGCUGGAGGUCGAGACUGCAUUCGAGGCCAGAUGGGGAUUUUUGUCAAGACCAUUUUCCCAAAUGGAUCCGCUGCAGAGGAUGGAAGACUCAAAGAAGGGGAUGAAAUCCUAGAUGUAAAUGGAAUUCCAAUAAAGGGCUUGACAUUUCAGGAAGCCAUUCACACCUUUAAGCAAAUCCGGAGUGGGCUGUUUGUCUUAACAGUACGCACUAAGUUGCUGAGCCCCAGCCUCACACCUUGCUCCACCCCCACACAUAUGAGUAGAUCGAGUUCCCCAAACUUCAACACCAGUGGGGGGGUCUCAGCAGGAGGCUCCGAUGAAGGUGGUUCUUCAUCCCUGGGCAGGAAGGCCCCUGGGCCCAAGGAUAGGAUUGUCAUGGAAGUCACACUCAAUAAAGAGCCAAGAGUUGGAUUAGGCAUUGGAGCCUGCUGCCUGGCUUUGGAAAACAGCCCUCCUGGCAUCUACAUUCACAGCCUUGCCCCAGGAUCAGUGGCUAAGAUGGAGAGCAACCUGAGCCGAGGAGACCAAAUCUUGGAAGUGAAUUCUGUCAACGUUCGCCAUGCUGCUUUAAGCAAAGUGCAUGCCAUCUUGAGCAAGUGUCCCCCAGGACCCGUUCGCCUGGUCAUCGGCCGGCACCCUAAUCCAAAGGU